AUGUUCAUGAUUUGGAAGAUAUUUGUAUUAUGUAUGAUUGUUGAAUUCAUUUCCUCGGAACCAGUACCCGAAACUGUUGACUCAAGCCAUGAUACUCACGAUGUAUCCAUUCAAACUGAUGUUGAUUUAGAUCCACGUUUUCUUCUAUUAGAUUUAAAAAGAGAAAUCGAAAGGCUAAAAGAUACAUUUAAUACUGUGGUUGCCAAAAUAAAUUCUAUACCACCUUCAAGCAUAGCAACCAAAUAUAUUCAUAAUGGAGUGUUAUCAAGUAUAUGUAUUAUACUUACUGUAUAUUACCAUGUCAAGAAAUCUUAA